AUGAAAUCUUCAAAUCAGAAACUUGUUGAUACAAUAAUUGGACUUGAGGAACAACAAAAGCAAAUAGAAAAAAUUCUUUUAGAGUUUGUGCAAACUGGUUUAGGCGGUUCUUGUUUAAUUUGUGGAAGAAGACGUUCAGGCAAAUCUCUCGUUUUGGAUCAAAUAAUUAAAAGACUCCCAAAUGAUCUCCGAAUUGUAAAUGCUGACGGAGAGAAAUGCAGCAGUUUUGCUGCGAGUGCCAAAAUUUUACAAAAGCACGGAUUGUAUAUUGGAAAUUUUGAAGAACAAAAAUAUAAAAAAGAAGCUGGGGAAUCGAAUUCAAAAAUUCUUUUUGUUGUUGAUCACUUUGAAAGUUUUGCUAAAAAGAAUAAUCAAGUAUUUUUGUAUAGUCUUUUAAAUGGUUGUCAAAGGCUUCCUUGGUUUGUAAUACUUAUUGGAAAUACUGAGGUUAUUUUUUAA